AUGGAGAGUGCUUGGAUUGUGGAUGGUCCAUGGAUUGCUAGGAAUGUAAAGAAUGCCUCUGUGUGCUCAGCUUUGCAGACUAAAGACUGUGGAGCUUACAUCAACUGCCCUAACUGCUAUUACCGCAUCUACAACAACAAUGCACAGUCUCCAUGGCCAGGUCUUCCUAAAGGUGUGAAAUUCGAGCCAACCGAUGAGGAAGUUAUCGGGCAUUUGGAAGCCAAGUGUGGGAUUGAUGGCUUAAAACCACAUCCUUUUAUCGAUGACUAUAUAUGCUCAGUCACUGGAGAUGUUGGCAUCAACUAUACUCAUCCUCAAAACCUUCCAGGUGUGAAUAAGGAUGGAAUUAGUGUCUUCUUCUUUAACAAGACGACGCAUGCAUAUCAAAAGGGGAAUAGAAAGAGGAGAAAGAUCACACCAACUGGUCUAAAAGAUGAAUCGGUUCGCUGGCACAAAACUGGUCAAACCAAACCCGUGAUGAUCAAUGGAAUCCAGAAGGGAUGCAAGAAGAUCUUGGUGCUCUACAAGAAUGGGAGAAAGGGAUUAAAACCUGAGAAAUCCAACUGGGUUCUGCACCAAUACCACUUGGGAACAGACGAAGGCGAGAUUGGAAGCUUUGUUGUUUCUAAGAUCACUUAUCAGCAGCCAAAGCAAUGGGAGAAAGAUACAGAUGAGAGUGAGUGCUUUGGGGUUGGAGUUGGCCUAACGCCGAAAACGUUUACUUGUGGACAGCCUAGAUCUGAGAUUUGUGUUAAUGAGGAUGAAACAGCUUGUGGUGGUGAUGCUACGAUGGUUCUUGAUUCAUCUGUUCAGGGGCUAGAAAACACUCCAGAAGCUUCGUUUGGUUCAACAUCAGAGAAAAGAGUUCAAGUAGCAGAUAAUUUCAAUGUAACUGAAGAUAACUUGGGGUGCAAGAAAGUUAAAGUUUCGUCUUCCCUUGUAGAAGAGGAGCCUAAUUAUGGGAAUUUCGAGAUGGGGUCUGGACACUUUUUAGUUUCAGAUUUUGAAAUGGCAGAUCUAGGGACUCUCCCUGAUCACUUUGACGUGAGAACUUAA